AUGAAAGAUAUGUUUGGUGAUCUUAGUCCUGGCGUUCCAAUAGAGUUAAGAGACCGCGACCAAACCGUUCUAAUGGACACUAUUGAUCAUUCUCGAGCCCGUUACCCUUAUUGCAUAGUUUGGACCCCUAUACCAGUACUAACGUGGCUAUUCCCAUUUUUAGGCCAUAUGGGUAUCUGUAUGUCUAAUGGAAUCAUACGAGACUUUGCUGGUCCUUAUUUUGUAUCAGAAGAUUUAAUGGCCUUUGGAAACCCAACCAAAUAUUGGCAACUAUCUCCACAAAAAGCUUCUAAUGGUUCCGCAGGCUGGGAUGCAGGAGUAAUUGAAGCUUCAGAGAUUUAUAAAAAGAGAAUGCACAUAAUAUUCUAUGAUAAUUGCCAUUCUCAUGUAGCAACAGCAUUAAAUACAAUGAAUUAUGGAGGUUGCAAGAAUUGGAAUAUGGUAAAACUAGCAUUCUACAUGAUACCAUAUUCUAAAUAUGUAAGUUUUGCAGCACUCUUAAAGACAUGGCUACCAUUCUGUUUAAUAGCCUCCUUUAUUUGUGGCUUGGCUGCAAUCAUAUAG